UUUUUCAAGAGUUUUCCGUUGCAAAUGUCUACAUUUAAGAUUAAAUAAAUAUUGAAAUCAAUUAGAUUCAUUUAUUUAAAGAGAGAAAGCAAAGCAACGAGAUGGGCUAUAUGAUUGUAGAAAAACACACAUCUGAGCUUCUUCAUUUGAAGAGAUCUCCUGGAAUCAGAUCUUGGUCCAUCCUUGUUGGAAUAGCUUCAGUUGGACUGGCAGCAGCCUAUUACAGCUCUGACAGCAUAUUGUGGAAGAUGUUCUACGUGACGGGCUGCUUUUUUGUAGCCUUGCAGAAUAUGGAGGAAUGGGAGGAGGCAGUGUUUAAUAAAUCCAAGAACGAGAUUGAACUGAAGACCUUCAGUCUCUAUACCAUGUUGUUGACUCUGUGGAAAAGAGGGCACGAGAAAGUGCUGUUAGAUCUGCGGCACCUGCGGGACGUCAGUGUUCAGGAGGAGAGAGUGAGGUAUCUUGGAAAGGGUUACCUGGUAGUGCUGCGAUUGGCUACGGGCUUCUCUUACCCGCUUACACAAAGUGCCACACUUGGGUCACGCAGUGAUGUUGAGGCACUCGCUGCACUUCUGAAGCGCUUUUUGGGGCUGGAGGAAUUACAGCAACGUUUGGCGGACGAUGAUUAUCCUGACGAUGAUGACGGCAUUGAAGAUUUGGGUUUGGGUGAUAGCAGUGAUUCACAAGAUGAUCCUGAUGGUGAUGAUGAUGAAGAACAUUAAAAGCCUCAUGGAAAGCUGGGAAAUGGUGGACGACACUGGAUCAAGCCUCAAACUAAAACAACCAAACAUUCCAGUCGUACAAACAACCUGAUGACAAUCUCCAAGCAUUUUCACUUGCAUCUUUAAAGAGGAUUUCUCGUUCACACUUUAAGACUCUGGGUGUUGAUGCAUUUACUAACAUGAUCUAAGAGCAAACAAUUCAGCAUUUAUUAAUCAUAAUGCAUACAUAAAAUUCAAAGUUGUACUUGUAAACAUUUAGUUAAUGCACUGUGUGCUAACAAGAUCUAACAGUUACGGAACUAACGUUGGCAAAGAUGAAUAAAUACUGGAAUACAUCUAUCGUUCAUUGUUUGAUCAUGUUAGUAAACGUUAACUACUGAAAUCUUAUUGUAAAGUGUACGCGAUUCCUCUGUGUUCUGCUACGUGUAUAACUGAUUUGACAGUUAGCAUGAAUUGUUUUGUAUUGGCCAUUUGCUUAUACUCUGCAUGCAUCUCCCUAUCACACUGUGCCUUUAUGCAAUGCAUGAGUACGAAUGUAAAGAGCGGAUAUGGAUUUAAACUUGUUGAAUGUUUGUAAUUUCAUCUUUUUGUAAAUAUGUUAAUAUUGUUUUUUUUUUUUUACAUUUUUUUAUUCUGAAGCCAAAAAAAGUAUACAAAAUACAUCACAGCUACUCAAAUCUUUAAAUGGGAUGCUUUUAAAAAUGAACGUGACCACUUUUUUUUAUUUGGUGGACGAGUAUAUUUUGUUACGGAUUUUCAGUUUUGUUUAAUAAAAAUAGAAAUAUAAAAUUGGCUUAUAA